AUGUUAAUAAAAUUAAUAAAAUUAAAAAUAAGCUUUAAAAUAUUUUAUUUAAAUUUAUUUUUAAAUAAUUUUUUGUCAUUAAUUAAUGCUGCGUCGUACAGCUGUGGUGGAAUCACUUUUGAUCCAAAUGAUGCUUCGAACAAGUGUACAAGAGUACCACAAACAGCUGGAACCCAACCUGCAUUAAAAGAAAUGCGUUGCCAGAAAAACACACAAUGGGGGUGUGAACAAUAUACUGAUGCUAAUGGCAAUAGAAAUUUCUAUUGUUGUCCUCAACGGUGUGAGGACGCUGCAAAAACUCAAAUACUGAUUGAUAGCACUCCAAAUAUGUCAAAGCGACAGAUCAAAGACAUGUAUGCAUGUUUCAACAGGGGAUGAUUACUGCUGUAGGCUUCAUUCUAUUGCCAAAAAUUAUGUAAUAUAGGUACUCGAGCUCAAGGAGGAGGAACUGGUGGGAGCACAGGCGGAGGAACUGGAG